UUAGACAAUGUGAGUUUCAGUACAGACUAUGAACAGUGAAAAUGUUAACAUGCUAGCAUAUCUGGAACUUUUGCCUCUAAAAUAAUAAAUUAAUUAAAGGUUCUUAUAAGCUUCAGGAGAUCGACUUGGAUCCACCUCUCACUGGUCAAAAUAGACUCUAGAUAAGUAUUGCCAACCAGCAACCUGUUUCCCCAACUAUCUAUUCCUGGGGGGAUGGAAUCGCUUCCCCUUUUUCCGAUUUUGGCAAAUCCCUCUCCCAGCUUCCAGAACUAUGGAUCUAAAAGUUUCAAAUGUAUACCUAAAAAAAUUUCCCUCUAAGAUUCUUUAGCUUUAUUUUUUGCCCUUAAUAUAAAUCGAUUCCAGCAGAUUUACAACCAAGAACUAAAGACUGCUUCAACUGCUGCCUGCACAUCCCUAGCCUCAGAGGGUCUUGAGUGAACUGCCAUGUCUAGAAAUGCAACAGGCAUCUACAGAGGCCUCCUGGCCAUCUUUUGUAUUUAAUUUUUUCCCUAUGAUUUGGACAUCUUUCCCAAUCUUUGCAAGGUCUUUAUCUGAGGAGGCUGUCUUUGAUGACCCUGAACAACAAGUUGUUUUUCAGCAACAGGGUGCUGAGAAGGAAGGUCCAGGGGAGCAGAAAUACAGAAGAUGAAGGUACCUCUCCACUACAUCUGCCUGCAGGUUGCCAUGAUCCCAUCAUGAUGAUAAUGGACUGAACCUCUGAAACUAACUUGUCACAGUUCACAGUUUACAUCUCAAACCUACAAUGGACCCAUCGAGAGUCUGUGGCGAUGCAAAGACCUUGAGGACCCCAAGGCACAAGUGUGCGCCAACCCCAUCUCUUCCUCCAGAUACGUAUCAGUGCCAACACUGGCAUCCGUUGGCUCUGAAACUCGGCUGUGCUGGGCUGAUCCUUCUUUUCUUGAGCCUGAUUGGACUCAGUGUCUUAGUGCGAUUCUUAGUGCAAAAAUCACCAACAGAAAAAUACAGUGUGUCUGCUCAAGAGAACAGGACUGAACCAAUAGCACAAGCUAAUGAAGCAACUACUGUGUGGAGCUGUCAUGCAGCAGGAACAGGACUGAAACAGAACGUCUUAUUUUUCACUCUAGGAAGAUCAGUCAUACUAAUGUGUUCGAGAGAUUGGCAUCCAUACCACGAUAAAUGCUUACAUCUUUCUCAAACUUCUGGACCUUGGUCUGAAGGUCUAACUUAUUGCUCUGUGAAAGAAGCCACUUUGCUGCUCAUUGAAAAUGAAGAAGAAUUGAGAUUCAUUCAUGAUUUCUCAGGGAGAAAAAGACAGCAAUUUUUUAUUGGACUAAACUAUGUACCACUGGAGAAAACCUGGAAGUGGAUAAAUGGCUCCAUAUUAAAUCCUGAUUUCUAUUCUUUGCUCUUUAGAUUAAGAAUCAUGGGCACUGAAGAAGAAAACAGCUGUGCAGUCAUCUCACAGAAAGAAGUGUUUUCUGACUUCUGUUCUUCAGACAACCGCUGGAUCUGCCAAAAGAAGCUGAACCACGACUGCAAUCCCUGUCCUGACUCCUGAUUGAGAGUGGCAUCUCUAUUCCUUUGCCUUCCACAUGAGAUUGCUGCACUGAACUGUCAAGGCUGUCAUUCCUUGGCCCUCCCAGUGCUGUUAGUGACACAAAGCAUGGACUCAAAAACCACCAUGACUCCUACAGAUGCUCACUCCCGUGUUUUUACUCUGUAACCAAUGUUUUUAUUGUAUAAAUGUAAGUGUACAUGGGUGCAGAUGUGCCAUUCCGAGAGAGGUGUUCUGUAGAAAGAAGUCCAGGACAGCAGAGGGCGCUGGAGGCCUUGUGUGGCCCUUGCUUUUCUCUGUUCAUGAGGUCAUCUUGCAGACAGCUGCAGAAAACUGCAAAAUCCUGACUCUACACUCUACUCCAAGCUAUCUUACAACCUUGAUUAAAUGUUUGACCUUGACACCAGAGGCCCAUAGUUAAGGAUCUAGGGAAGGGAAGAGUUUGGUUUGAUUGACACCUCCAAAUUAAUCAAGUCAAAAAUUAACUAAUGUUGUGAUAAUGAGAGUGACUCUAAGUAAAAAUGAGCUCUGUCCAUGUGAUGCUUCCCAUGCUGUGGUGUUACUGUACCAGUAGACUCUGGGCAGAUGCUGGUGCAUUGACCCUGGGCUUGUCAGUCUCCAGAGCUGUGAGACAAAAGGGUCUCUUCCUCUUCAAUUUCUUGUUAUGGCAACAAAAAAUGGACUAAUACAGGGACUUGUCUCUUCCCACCAUUCCAAAGGCCUUUCCAUUUUAAUUUUCUCAUCACUUCUUUCAUCUACACCUCUCUAUAGCUUAUGGCAUAUACUGUAGAAAGUAUGCAGCUAAAUAUUUGGUUAUUUUAAGUAUAAAAUAAAUGACAUCUUUUCAAUCUUCUUUUAGAGAAAUUAAAAUAAAUAUUUAUUCUGAUAAAUA